GCGCUGGCGGCGAGGCGAGAGACGCUCGGCGACCAGCACCCGAGCACGCUCACCUCGAUCUUCAACCUUGGCGCGCUGCUGCAGAAGCAGGGCAGGCUCGGCGACGCCAUCCCUCUCUUCCGGGAGGAGCUGGAGGGGUACCUGGUCUCCGGCCGACAAUUCCCGCUGCACCGUGACUACGGUUUCCGCUUGUACCGCGACUACCACGACGCUGAGCAGUCACACACGAUCGAGCUCAAGGACGUGCGCAACUGGACGACCGCAGUCGCACAGCUGGCCGAGUACUGUGAGCUCGAGGCGACGCAGAGCGGGCGCAAGCCAAGAGGCACCAUCGUGCUCUUUGGCAGUGGCCCCGGCUUCUGCGUCACGGACGCCGAGUACAACGUCGUCACUCAGGGCGCCAAGAUCAUCAACAAGGUCGUCGAGGACAAGAACGGCUUCCAACUGCAGAUCUUGCGCCGCGACGCCAUUACCGCCGCCGCCGCCGACGUUGCCACAACCAAAGACGUCGUGUUCAGGGCUCUCGCUCGGGCAAAGGAAAAUGUCGCUUCGAAACGCGCGCGCGACGAGUCCGGAAACGCACACACACACACACGGACUGACGGCGAGGGCGCCGGACCGCAGACAGUAUAG